AUGACUUCAGCAGGCAAAGCAGAUAGGAAGGCGUCUCUUGAUGCUGCAUCAUGGUUGUUCAAUGUUGUCACAUCUGUUGGAAUAAUCAUUGUCAAUAAAUCAUUGAUGGCUACUCAUGGGUUCAGUUUUGCUACAACAUUAACGGGUCUGCAUUUUGCCACAACAACCUUACUGACAGUUAUUCUCAAGUGGCUGGGAUAUAUACAGCCCUCUCAGCUACCAUUGCCUGAUCUUUUGAAGUUUGUUUUAUUUGCGAAUUUCUCCAUAGUCGGAAUGAAUGUGAGUUUAAUGUGGAACUCUGUGGGAUUCUAUCAGAUCGCAAAGCUAACUAUGAUCCCAGUAUCAUGUUUUCUAGAAGUUGUCUUGGACAAUGUUCGAUACUCAAGGAGCACAAAACUAAGCAUAACAUUGGUUCUCCUCGGUGUUGCAGUUUGUACUGUUACUGAUGUGAGUGUCAAUGCCAAGGGUUUUAUAGCUGCUUUAGUGGCAGUUUGGAGCACUUCCCUGCAACAGCAUUAUGUACACUCUCUGCAACGGAAGUAUUCGCUUGGAUCUUUCAACUUAUUGGGACAUACUGCGCCAGUACAGGCAGCAUCUUUACUCAUAUUGGGCCCCUUCUUGGACUACUGGUUGACAAAUAAAAUAGUUUAUGCGUAUGACUAUCAUUUGAUAUCCAUGUCGUUAAUUGUCCUGUCUUGCACCAUUGCGGUAGGGACCAACCUCAGCCAGUUCAUCUGCAUUGGUAGAUUUACGGCUGUGUCAUUUCAAGUCCUUGGCCAUAUGAAGACAAUUCUAGUCUUGAUCCUAGGGUUCAUUUUCUUCGGUAAAGAGGGUCUCAAUCAUCAAGUAGUUAUAGGUAUGUUCAUUGCGAUAUUGGGAAUGAUCUGGUACGGCAACGCCUCAUCCAAGCCAGGGGGCAAGGAGCGUCUUCCAAGCAGCAAAUCCCAAAAGAACAGUGCUUUAUCAGAAUCUUCUGAAGUCGAUGAGAAGGUAUAG